GAAUGGGCUUAUUCGACCGGCCUUGUAGGCGAACCGGCUUCACCAAAUGCCAGUUUCUACGAUCUGCACUAGUUCUCCCGCAAAUUUCUCAAACCCUGCCAAUCUCCGGGAAAAAUCCCUCCCAAACCUCCUUUAAAUCUCUAUCAUGUUCUAAAAGUUGCUCUCCUCGUCCAUUUGAUAUCUCCCAUAAAUCCGUUCUUCUGAUCUUCCUAGCUCCAAUUCGCGUUAUCUUUCAUCGAUUCCAUGGAAAAUUUCGCGAACUAGACUAGCCUUCCGAGCUGCUGAUAGAAUCAUCUUUUUCCUCAAAUUCUUACAGUGUCCUUCGUUUCUCUCUUUUCAAACUUUGAUUUCUUGGAAAUAUCCAGUCCUUUGGUGUCAUUCGAACUCCAAACCAAGCCCUUUUUCAUCAAUUUCCAUGGAAAAUCUCGCAACUUAGGUUUUCAAAUGGCAGAAGACCCUAAUCUUCUCAAAAUUCUAUGGUGUUUCCUAUAGCAACAUCUGAUCUCUCUGAAAAUUUCAUCCUUUCUAUUGUUCGAGCUCUUAAUCAAGCCCCUUUUCAUCGAAUUCCAUGGGAAGUUCCAGAAAUUAGUUUUCGUUGUUGCGGAAAUCCAUUGGGGAAUGGUCUCAGAAGAGAUGGAUUUGGUUCCUCCUCUGCAGAGGAUUGAGAAUGGCUUGAAUCCGCAGAUGGUCUUCCAAGAUGGUAGCUUGCACUACUCCUGUGGAGCACCGCAGCGCCGUGCUGGAGAUCCUGUGCGCAAGCCAAGGUUCAUUGACAACGAUGACAAGCUGUUUGCUGUCGACCGUGAGCGGUUUUUCCGAAUGCAUGGCACUGAACUCCGGCGGAGUAUUUAUGAAUCACCAUGUCGGCCACGGGACCAGCCGGAGAACCCAGACUGGAAUGGUGACGGGAGUGCCGGGACACCCAGUGGUGAUGGAUCGGAUGAGGAGGAAGAAGAUGAUGACGAGGAUGAGCAGGAAGAAGAUGAUGAAGGGGACGGCGAGGUUGACGGUUUGGUUGCAGUUGAAGACGGUGGUAAAAAUAACAAUAGCAGUGGUAGUGUACAGAGUAGUUCAGAGAAGAUUCGAACUGAGAAAACGAUUUUGCAGAAACACCAGCAUGCAUCUUUUGGAUCACAUAGAGCUCUGGUGAAAGAUAGCAGCGCUGUUCACUCUCAGAAUAACAUUAGAGGGAGUUUAAGUGAACAUCAACACCAGCUGGGUCGGAUGAUUCAUUAUGAGAAUGCUAUUACGAUCGCGGAACCUGAUAUUUACCAUGCGCAAAUGAUGCAGGGGCCAGAAGCUUCGGCCCUUGCACAAAAGGAAAUAGGAGGGGAGUAUGGGUGUGGGUUUAGUGGGAGGAAGGACUUUCCUUUAUCGAUUGAAUCAGGGGAGUCUUUGAGAGCAAUUCUUUCGGAUCCCAUCACUGGCAGUCUCAUGGAUGAUGCAAUGAUACUAUCUUGUGGACAUUCUUUUGGAAGUGGUGGACUGCAGCAUGUUCUGAGAAUGAAAGCUUGCUAUGCAUGUACACAGUCACUUUCAGAAGAUGCAGUGGCUCCAAAUCUGGCUCUCCGCUCUGCAGUUCAGGCAUUCCGUAGGGAAGAAGAGUUGCAAUUUUCGAGAGCAUCCAAAAGACGAAGAGACCGGUUUGAACAGGACAAGUGUAGUUACGGUGAUCAAUUUCCCAUGGAAUUUUCAAGGGGUAAAGGUGUUCAGUUUCCAUUUGCAGUCACUGACCGGGUUAUUAUCAAGGGGAACAAGAGGACACCACUACGCUUUGUUGGACGUGAAGCUGUUGUCACAACACAGUGCUUAAAUGGAUGGUAUGUGGUAAAGACAUUGGAUAAUGCAGAGAGUGUCAAAUUGCAGUACCGUUCUUUAGCAAAGGUUCCAGGUAAUCCACCCUCCAAUACGACUUCAUGUAAGUCUGCUACUCCAAACUGGCUCUAAUUCUUCUACCCGUGCAAAUGGGAGGGGUGAUGCAAGCAUCAAAGUGGUAGCCUCUAGGUCCAUACAAAUCUUCUCAUACUAUAUGCAUGUGCUCCUGAUUGAUGACGUGAUAGUCAUGUAGACCAUGCAUGAUAUCCUCUAGCAGAUGCAUGCUGGUUGGAGAUUACAUAAUCAUGUCCGCAUUUAGACAUGUAUUCAUUUUUCACUUUGCAAAGAAAAAGAAGAAGAAAGAAACCGAAUAUCCAACAAGCAAGGUUUGUGCCAACGGGCUUAUUGAUCUGUCUUUAGCCAUCUGAUUAUGUGAAGAAACAUAAGCUUUGGAUUGCUUCAAUCUGCGUAUUGAUGAAAAUGUACCCAUGAUCUUGUUUUGUUAAAUUCUCUGAGUUUUGUUAUAUAAGCUACUUUAUUGUAAUCCA